UUGUGCCUGUCAUUUCACUUGUGAGAAAGCACUUAGCCGGAACGACUCACACACUCACUCAGAUUGCAGAAAACACAGAGAUCGAUUCAUUCAACCUUCUUCUUCCUCUUCUUCCUCUUCACCUUCCUCCAUUUCAAUCUCUACAUGUGUCUCUGUUUCUCGCUUUCAUCUUUUCAUUCUUCUUCUUCAGCUUCUUCUAUAGCUUCUAGUCCUUGAAAACUAGCUUCACAAUCUCAACCUUCUUCUUCCCUUACUGUAUUGAUUUCAUUCCAUCCAUGUCGAUGGCCGGAACCUCAUCCCUCUGCACGUGGCUCGUCGCCGCUUGCAUGUCAGUCACGUGCGACGCUGACCGUCCCAGAACCUCGCACGCCAUGUUCCGCUCCUCCACCAGGUCCCGGAGAACCACCAGAGCCUUCAUUUCAUCGCUCUACGGAUCCACCACCAUUCAGGGUCUCAUCACUUCCCUUCAACCCUGCCACAAUGCCUUUGGAUCCACAACUUCUUCCACUUUUAAUCGCAGGCACAAGCGUCUCAAUCGACACCCUCAUUCUGGUAAAACGAUGGCCGUAGCUUUGGAACCUGCCCAAGAAAUCACAACUCUGAAAAAGCCUCCUACAAAACAAAGGCGAGUAGUUGUGACAGGCUUGGGCGUGGUUACACCACUUGGUCAUGAUCCAGAUGUCUUCUACAAUAAUUUACUCGAUGGUGUUAGUGGCAUAAGUGAGAUCGAGACUUUUGAUUGUGCAGAAUUUCCGACAAGGAUAGCUGGAGAAAUUAAGUCUUUCUCAGCGGAUGGCUGGGUAGCACCAAAACUUUCAAAGAGAAUGGAUAAAUUUAUGCUUUACAUGCUUAUAGCUGGUAAAAAGGCCUUGGCUGAUGGUGGGUUUACUGAAGAUAUAAUGAAUGAGUUAGAUAAACGCAAGUGUGGAGUUUUGAUUGGCUCAGCAAUGGGUGGCAUGAAGGUUUUCAAUGAUGCUGUGGAAGCUUUACGAAUAUCAUAUAAGAAGAUGAAUCCUUUUUGUGUACCUUUUGCCACAACAAAUAUGGGUUCUGCCAUGCUUGCAAUGGAUCUGGGAUGGAUGGGCCCUAAUUAUUCUAUCUCUACAGCUUGUGCUACAAGUAACUUUUGUAUACUGAAUGCAGCAAACCAUAUCAUUAGAGGUGAAGCCGAUGUGAUGCUUUGUGGUGGCUCAGAUGCUACUAUUAUACCAAUUGGUUUGGGAGGCUUUGUGGCAUGCAGGGCACUCUCACAGAGAAAUACCGAUCCUUCCAAAGCUUCCCGCCCUUGGGAUAUAAAUCGUGAUGGAUUUGUCAUGGGGGAAGGGGCUGGAGUUUUGCUUUUAGAAGAAUUGGAGCAUGCUAAGAAAAGAGGUGCAGUCAUAUACGCCGAAUUCCUUGGUGGGAGUUUUACCUCUGAUGCAUAUCAUGUAACUGAACCACGUCCUGAUGGGGCUGGUGUAAUACUUUGCAUUGAGAAGGCAUUAGCUCAGUCUGGAGUAUCAAGAGAGGAUGUGAAUUACAUAAAUGCACACGCCACAUCCACACCAGCUGGAGAUCUUAAAGAGUACCAGGCUCUUAUUCACUGUUUUGGUAAAAACCCCGAGCUAAAAGUGAAUUCCACGAAAUCUAUGAUUGGUCAUCUACUAGGAGCAGCUGGUGGUGUAGAAGCUGUAGCAACAAUUCAGGCAAUCAGAAGUGGGUGGGUUCAUCCGAAUAUCAACCUAGAAAACCCAGAUAAAGGAGUGGAUGCUGCAGUGCUUGUUGGCCCAAAGAAAGAGAGGCUGGAUAUCAAGGCAGCCUUAUCUAAUUCAUUUGGUUUUGGGGGUCACAAUUCCUCAAUCAUAUUUGCCCCAUAUAAGUGAAACAACAUAUUUCACAUAGUACUACUUUCCUAUAAUUAUAAACAAGUUGCUGAGUACCCAAGGCAAUGUUAUUGCACCCUAACUCUACUGUUUGGUUGGGUGGAAAUAUAUGCCGUGGGCAAACAAACAAACACUAUUGGGAUGGCCAUGUGUUGUACCUACAGAAUCAGAAUGCUCAAGAGAAUAUCUAGUGGUAGCAAUGGGGCCAAUCUAUCUAUAUCUUUAUAGCAUGCAUGAAUGGCUAGAGUAGGAGUAAGCAUGACCCUAUUUGAUGUAACCUUUUAACAACCUCUUUCAUGGGGUCAUAUUACUGUGUGUUGGUUUAUUCCCAUUUGUAUAAAUAGACCCUCGUGGCUAGGCAAUAGUAGUGCAAUAAACGGGUUUCGGUGCUUCUUAACUGAAAUUUCUUGAGGUUGGUUGGUUGGUUUCAAUUGAAUGAGGAUUUUUGACUUUA